AUGGCACAAGGAGGCAGCUCUCGCUGCACCGUCGCCCGCAGACAGCUCCGUCGCCCUCCACAGUCAAGCGGAGAUCCGACCAGCCGUUCCCUCGCCAAGGGCUCCAAUCAAGCGGCUAUCAGUCUCCUUCUUGUACUCACUCGACUAAACCAAAUAUCUGCCUUUCCUACGCCGACAGCAUCCAGCGAUGACAAAUCUGUCUACAACCAACAGCUGACAGAGGAAAGACCGCUCCAAGAGCAGAUUGCCGAGGCGGACAGUGUGAAGGCCGCACUACAGUCUGCUGAGAGCAAGCAGUCCGCAAUCUCCAAGGAGCCGGACCGCGAUGACCUACCAGCGCUUAAGUCGUUGGCCCAGGGCCAGAAAUCCAAGGAGGCCAGCGAAGAUAAGGAUGAGCGGAAGAAAGACGAUUACGUUCCGGACGAAUCUGAUUCCACCAAGAGUCGCCGCCUCGCUGAGGAAUAUGACUCAACUAAGAACGGGAUGGAACAUGGCAAGUACCAAACAGAUGACACAGACACGUUCCGUCAGGUGGACGGCACUCCGCUGACACCUGAGGACAUCGUGCAAAAGAUUGCAAACAAGAUCUACCAGGAGGACGACAGAGGCGUCUUUGACCGCAUUGUGUCCAAGCUGCUCAAACUAGGUUUGAUAACGGAAAGCCAGGCUGAUACUCUAGAGUACCAGGUGGCCGAAGCCUUGCAGGACCUCAUCACCAAAAAUGCCAAAAACAACGAGAUCGAGGACGAAGAGGAAGUCGAGGACACCCAGGACGCCAACUCGGAUAAAUGGGAGCCGCCCAAUCGGCGCUACGAUGACGAUGACGAAGAAGUCGAGGAUGAUGACGAUGUCAUGGAUGAGGUAGAGAGGGAUGCGGAAGAUGAAGACGACACCGUUUGGAACAAAGAUGUUGGCGAGGACGACAACGAAGUCAACCCGGAGGACGGCCUUCGGGAUCUGCAGUACUUCCCCAACUUCUACCGUCUCCUCAGGAGCCUCAAUUCAGAUCAAGAUGCUCAGGAAAGAGAGACGCUCAUCACCAUCAUGAAGACGCUGAUUGAUUUUGUGAAGAUGAUGGUCAAAUAUGGCACCAUAACACCCGAGGAGGGCGUCUCAUAUCUUGAAAAUCUGGACGCUAUGAUUGCGAUGCAGACCAAGAACAAACUUGGAAAGGUUCUCGGACCGCCAGACUUUGCAGGAAAUAAUGCGGGCAAGAAUUUCGACGAGGACGACAACACCAAGGCCGAGGCUGCCAGGAUGCAAAAGGAAUACGAGAACCUUAAGGACUCCACUAAGGACGAGCAGCCAUCUACCAACCGGCCCGGGAAGUCUGAAACGUAUCUGGAGGCCAUCAGGAAGAACAUAGAAUGGCUGAAGAAACACAACAAGGAAGAAGGCAAAGACGACUACGACCUGUCCAAACUAAAGGACUUCAUGGACCAGCAGGUGGAUUCGUACAUCGAAAAGGGCAUCAUCGCCAGGGACGAGGGCGACACAAUCAAAAGGAUCUACAGCAGCCUGUGA